AUGCCCAAAGAGAGCCUGUCCGCCCGCGAGAUCGAGGUCCUCGCCCUCGCAUGGCAGUGCGUCGAUCCACAGCCUAAGGUUGACAUGGUCAAGUUGGCCGCCCUCACAGGCUACACCCCAGGCAGCGCCUCAGUCACCUUCGGCAACAUCAAACGCAAGCUCAAGAACAUGGCCGCCGGUGCCUCCGAGGACAGUCCCCCAGCAAAGUCACGUUCCGGCGGCCGUGCCAGAGCUACUACUGCUACAUCCACACCCAAGAAGCGUGGCGCCACCGCCGCUGCUCCCGCCUCUGCCUCCAAGCGCCGUACCGCCCGCCAGCCCACUUCCUCCAACGAGGCCUCCGCCAACGACGACGACGACGAUGACGAUGACUUCGGCCUCAACGGUCCCAAGGUCAAGAAGGAAGAGCCUGCCUUUGACGACGGCUUCGAUCUCGUUGAGGAAGAUGUCCCCAGUCGCGAUGCCAUGAGCUACGGUUUCCUCGAUGGCAUUGAGACCUUUGGUGGUGCUGCUAAGGGAUCGAGUCGGAACGCGUCUAACGGGCACCGUACGGUACAGUUGGAGGAUGAUGAGUAG